GUGAACAUAAUAGAGAUGGAAGAUGACCACCGGUUUCACAAACUGACAAAAGAACAAGUGGAUACUUUGGACCAAGUUCUUACAGAAGUCAUUCCCAUUCAUGGUAGGGGUAAUUUCCCAACCCUUGAAAUCAAGCCUAAAGACAUAAUCCAUGUGGUCAGAGAUAGACUAAUUUGGAAGAAAAUAAAGGUGAGAGAUGUCCGUCUCAAUGGCUCUACAGCCAGUCAUGUGCUGGUCAAAGAGAAUGGCACCAGCUACAAAGACUUGGAUAUCAUCUUUGGUGUGGAGCUUCCCAAACCAGAGGACUUCCAAAUUAUCAAGGAAGUGGUCUUGGUCUCUCUGCUGGACUUUCUACCUAAAGGUGUCAACAAAGAUAAGAUUACAGCUCUCACCAUGAAAGAGGCGUAUGUACAAAAAAUGGUGAAGGUGUUCACUGAGCAUGACCGCUGGAGCCUUAUCUCCCUUUCAAAUAAUAGUGGUAAGAACAUGGAACUCAAGUUUGUCAACUCUUUACGACGCCAGUUUGAAUUCAGUGUGGAUUCCUUUCAGAUCAUCCUGGACAGUAUGCUUCAGUCUUAUUUGGAUGCUGAAAGGAGGAAGAUUGUGGAAGGGCAAGAGGGCCAGGACUCUUCACUAGCUCAAAGUCAAGGAAUUCAGAUAGCCCUAAUGGAUGAACCACUCCUCAGCUCAAGUGACACAGGGAAUCACCAGGAAAUUGACAUCGACAUGUCCUGCAAAUCUGAUGAUAUUCAGACUUUGUGUGACUCUCAGUGUAAUUCUAAAAUGAGUCAGAAAGAGCCGUCUAAAUACUUAGAACAAGAACCAACUCUUGAAACAGACAAAGAUGUUGAAACAGAGAUGGUGCAAACAACAACUUUGCCUGUAUCUAUGGAAAAAGUAUCUGAGCACUCUGUAAUGGUGCAUGUGGAGGAAAAGAAUGAACUUCAUGAAAAUAUGGCUUUGCAAAUGGAAACACUGCUUGAAGUAAAUACAAAUGAAACUGGUAUUGAAUCAGGGGAGGGAAAUGAACUAGUUGGAGUAAAAACUAUGUCUGUUAAGGAAACAGAUCCAACUGUUAAAACAUAUAUUAAUGAAACAGAAUCUGACAAAACAAAAUACAUGUUAGAAGUAGAGCAAGUUAAAUCCCAACCAUGGCUUGAAAUCGUGCAUACAGACUUCUCUUGUCUUUCAACAACAGGGACCUUCGGUGAGCGAUGCACAUUCCAACCUGCUCCCAUUACAUUUCUUACACAAUCAGCACUAGAAUCAUAUGCGGGAUAUCCUUUACCACCCCCUGCCAAGAAAAACAGCCAAAAUUCACAAAUGGUUGUUCUCAAGCAUUCCUCACCCAAACCUCCUCGGAAAAUGUCCAAAAAGACAACUCUUGUACCAUAUUCAACAGAAAAAUCAGUGUCAAAUAAUUCAGAUGUUAAUACUUGUCAGGUUUUGCAUCCACCUAAAGCUUACACAACAGAAUCAUUACCUAUGCAGGUUAAAAUGUCAGGUUUUACCACAAAAAGCUUUGAAUUAUCCAGUGCCUCAGAAAAUGACUCUAAAGAGUCUAAAGAACUAGCCAAUUGUACCAGAGCUUUUACUGUUGCUGCUCCAGAGAAUGGCAUGCAUUCUGAAAAGACAUUGUACAUGAGUCUAUCACCAGAGGAAAGCCUUCAAAGUCGAGUGCAAACUUCAGAACCAGAAACUGGUGAAGCUACUCAUGUCACUAUUCUAAUUCCUGCAUCCAUUCCCAGUUGUCUCCCCAAAGAUCAAAACAGGAUAAACCAGCCUUUUAAUGAAAGUGUUCAGACAGCACAGUGUCAGGCAAUGGUACCUCUUAUUAAUGUGAAUUCAGAGCCUUUACUGCAGGCAAAUAACAGUUAUGACCUCAACUCAGCACCUCCCAAAAAGAAAGCUGCUGAGUCUUGUGCUCAAGUUGAUGAUGCCACAUCAUCAAAAUAUCUUACUGAAUCCUCAGAAUCAGUCGCUAUGGCAACAAAUUGUGCAUCUCAAAUGUUAAAUUCACUGUCUGCAGACCUUACUGUUGACUCACAAGUAGUAGGGACUAAUUCUUCAGACUCCGAACAUGUUAUAUCACUUCAAGUUCACAACUACCCCAUGUCCACUCUGCAGACUCAGGAGCUUAUUUUGCCAAGUCCACAGACUAAAGAACCUCCAGAACUAUUAUCACUUAUCUCUUUACCAGAAGUUCAAAGCCUCACAGUAUCAGUACCACAUUUGUCAAAGCCACUAGAACCUUCCAUAUCCUCAACAGCAAGUCUAGAAUCUCCUAGAAUCUCAGAACCCCUUUUAGAAUCAUCAGUUAUAUCCCUGGAUGUCAUAGAACCCUCUGAAGUAUUCUUUAAAGUUACAGAACCAUCUGACUCACAGGUGUUAAAACCCUCUGCAGUAUUAGUGUCACACACAUUAGAAACAUCUAUGUCAUCAGUAAGUGAGGAGGUGGUUUUCAAGACAUUAGCUUCAGAAAUGAACGAGCCCAUACACCCUUCAAAACAGAUGCCUUGCAUUACAGUGUUGGCUGAGAGCAUGUAUGGUGACUUUGAGCAGGCUAUGGACCACCUACGCUACCGGCUAAUAGCGACACGCAACCCUGAAGAGAUCAGGGGUGGAGGCCUGCUCAAGUACAGUAAUCUGCUUGUCCGGGACUUCAAACCUGCCUGUGAAACAGAAAUUAAGACACUUGAGCGCUACAUGUGUUCACGGUUUUUUAUUGACUUCUCUGAUGUGAAUGAGCAGCAGCGCAAGAUUGAAUCAUACCUACGCAACCACUUUAUUGGAGAGGAGAAAAGUAAAUAUGAUUACUUGAUGACCCUUCGGAGAGUGGUCAAUGAGAGCACUGUGUGCUUGAUGGGGCAUGAACGCCGUCAGACUCUCAAUAUGAUUACCAUUCUAGCACUUAAAGUCCUGGGUGAACAGAACAUCAUUCCCAAUGCCAAUAAUGUAACCUGCUACUACCAACCUGCACCAUACAUGACAGACCACAACUUCAGUACCUAUUACAUUUCAAACGGCCAGUCCCCACUGAUAUAUCACCCCUAUCCACUACACAUACACAUGCAGUCUGGAUUAGUUUAAGUCUCGGUAUGUAACAUUGAUGGUAAAUUGCACAGGGAAA